AACGGCUGCAAUUUCCAUUUUCCAGUCGCAAACUUAAGUCCUCAUCCACGCCAUCGGAUAAAAGCCUCCCAGACAAAUCGCCGACUAGACCACCACACAUAAUGGGACGUGCAAUUCUGUCUCAGUUUCUCCUCCUCUCCAACUGUCCUCCUCGCCUGCCCUCUUCACUGUCGCUCACUGGAUUUCGAAGAGAAUAUCUGCGAAGUUCGUUGCUAAUUCGUCGAAAUUCGAGAUGCGCCACGGGUCUCCGUUGCAACUGCAGUGUCUCGCUCUCGGAGCCCGCUGCUCCGGAGAGUUCUUCGAGCUCUGUAAAGAAGAGGAUAGUUUCAGGAGUCCAGCCGACGGGAUCUAUCCACCUUGGGAAUUAUCUUGGUGCUAUAAAAAACUGGAUUGCUCUUCAGAAUACGUAUGAGACUCUCUUCUUCAUUGUGGACCUCCACGCGAUUACACUACCAUAUGAUACACAACAAUUAUUGAGGGCUACCAGGGAUACUGCAGCAAUUUAUCUGGCAUGUGGUGUUGACACUUCCAAGGCUUCUGUAUUUGUGCAGUCCCAUGUACGUGCUCAUGUAGAACUAAUGUGGCUUCUAAGUUCUGCCACACCAAUUGGUUGGCUGAAUAGAAUGAUUCAGUUUAAAGAGAAAUCUCGUAAAGCGGGUGAUGAAAACGUUGGGGUUGCCCUUUUGACUUAUCCUGUUUUGAUGGCAUCUGAUAUUCUUCUGUAUCAGUCUGACUUUGUCCCAGUUGGUGAGGAUCAAAAGCAGCAUAUGGAAUUGACCCGUGAGCUAGCUGAGCGCAUUAAUUACUUAUAUGGAGGAAGAAAGUGGAAAAAAUUAGGAGGGCGAGGAGGUGCUAUCUUUAAGGUUCCUGAGCCUCUUAUACCACCUGUUGGAGCCCGAGUUAUGUCUUUGACAGAUGGUCUUGCCAAGAUGUCUAAGUCUGCAGCUUCUGACCAAUCUCGAAUCAAUCUUCUAGACCCAAAGGAUGUGAUAGCAAACAAGAUAAAACGAUGCAGAACUGAUUCAUUUUCAGGCCUUGAAUUUGACAACCCUGAAAGACCUGAGUGCAACAAUCUUCUUUCAGUAUAUCAACUUAUCUCAGGCAAGACGAAAGAGGAAGUUAAGCAGGAAUGUCAAGAUAUGAAUUGGGGCAUGUUUAAACCCCUCCUAACAGAUGCCUUGAUUGAUCAUCUACAUCCCAUCCAGGUUCGUUAUGGGGAAAUAAUAUCUGAUUCAGCUUAUUUGGAUAGAGUGUUGGAAGAAGGUGCCACUAAAGCUGCAGAGAUAGCAGAUGCCACUCUCAAUAAUGCAUACCAGGCAAUGGGAUUCUUGCGGGGAUGAGCAGAAUUGAUGCUAGAGGAAGAAUUUAUAUGAAAAGAUCUGCAAAGCAGCAACCUUAAAAGUUAACUUUUGGAGGAUCCAUCAUUGCCUACAAUUAUUUGGAACAUGCAUGAGCAUAUAUUUGGUGAGUGAAUGGGAUAAUUUAUUGGGAAGGCCCCACAAUUUUUUUCCUUGAUACAACAUCUAUCACAAAGACAGGUGUCUCUUUUAUUCUCUGUUGAUUGUUGAACUUGCUAUUUUAUGUGACAAAUUCUCCACGCUAUAAUUUUUUAAUAUAGUGGUAAUCUUAUGUUCA